AGGAAGCUGGUGGCGGCAGCAGCCUCGUGUGCGCCGCUCCCUUGCCCUGUGAUUGGCGGGGCAACUUCGCUCCGGGUCACGUGGCGGCGUGGCUCGCGCUGGCUGGUUGGCGGGUUGUUGCCUUGGCGACAGAGGAAUAAGGGGCGGGAUCUCCGCCUCGCUGCGCCGCCGCCCGUGAGCGCGCGGCCCCACCACCGGCAGCGCCGCCCAGGAGGAGCUGUCGCGGCAGGAGCGUCCGCCGCCCGGGCGAGAGCGGGGCGGGGGCAGCGCGGGGGCGCGCCCAUGGCGGGGGGGUGAGCGGCUCGCGCUGGCGGCGGCGGCGGCGGCGGGCGGGCGCCGGGCGGGAGGAUGCGCGAGUACAAGGUGGUGGUGCUGGGCUCGGGCGGGGUGGGGAAGUCGGCGCUCACGGUGCAGUUCGUCACCGGCACCUUCAUCGAGAAGUACGACCCCACCAUCGAGGAUUUCUACCGCAAGGAGAUCGAGGUGGACGCGUCGCCCUCGGUGCUGGAGAUCCUGGACACGGCCGGCACCGAGCAGUUCGCCUCCAUGCGGGACCUCUACAUCAAGAACGGGCAGGGCUUCAUCCUGGUCUACAGCCUCGUCAACCAGCAGAGCUUCCAGGACAUCCGCCCCAUGCGCGACCAGAUCAUCCGCGUCAAGAGGUAUGAGAAGGUGCCAGUAAUUUUGGUUGGUAAUAAAGUGGACCUGGAGAGUGAGAGGGAAGUAUCUUCAAAUGAAGGCAGAGCGCUGGCUGAAGAAUGGGGUUGUCCUUUUAUGGAGACCUCUGCUAAAAGUAAAACAAUGGUGGAUGAGCUCUUUGCAGAAAUCGUUAGACAAAUGAACUAUGCAGCUCAGCCAGACAAAGAUGAUCCAUGCUGUUCUGCAUGUAAUAUUCAAUAGCAUUAAAAAUGACCUAACCUGGACCUAAUUUGCAGAAUUUUUGUAAGGUGGUAAAACUGUCUGCCUCAAUUCCUGGUUUGUAGGUCACUUGGAAUAAAUCCUAAGUGAAGUAACAACUUUAAGUCAGAGCUGAGCAUUGAAAGUCAAUCACGGUCUCUGAACACAAUGGGGUUAAACAACUACAACUUCUCACCCAAUACCCCCUUGUGCAUGUACAAUUUCGUCAUAGACAGUUGAUCUACAGGGUGAUCUCAAUUGAACUAUAUGUGUUUGUGUUAUGUCGGACAGCAGCAGCUAUUUCAUAAAUUAGAAAAUUCCUGGUGAUGAAAAUUGAAACCGCUAGAUAGAAGACCUGCGAAGAUGAUGAUGUGCAAUUAGCAUAUCCUAUACGGAUGAACACAAAAGGAGGGGAAAGCCUUUCAGUUUCGAUAUACUGCAUUUCAGGAGUUGUACUUUUGCUUGUGGCCAAGUUUACACAAACAAGUAUGCUAAUUUCAUCUGAACUUCUGACAGUUUUACAGGCAGAUAUGAUCUACAAGACCUAUAUAGUUUUUUUCCAAAAUUGAUGCAAUUUCUACACUUUAUCUCAUCUUGUGAAAUAGAAAGCACUGCAUCAGUACUUGAAAGAAAAGAGAGAAGAUCUGAAAAACUAAUAGCUAGUGAAAAAACACGAUAUGGCAUUGGAAUGUUUUAAAUCUUCCACUUUGCUGCUCAAGAAUGGAGGAUCACUUCAGGUUUUGGUCAGACAAAAAGCCAAACAAACCCUCUGUUUACAAAGCAGGAAACAUCUUUAUCACUUUACUGAACCAGGAGGAAGCAACUGUGAUGAAAAAAAUCGCUUAGCCUUACUAACAAGGAACACUUUAAUAGAUUAACUAGUACCAUCUUGUAAGGAAAACAAAGCCAUGUUGCAUCCAGAUGUUCCCUUUUGCAGAAACCUCAUGGGACAGUAUGAAUAUCCUGCAUUUUUAAGUUUGCUAAAGAAGAUAAUUUCUUUCUUGCCUUUAAGGGCUAAGUUUUUUGGUGUGAUCCCUAACUAACCUUUGGAAAUCAAGUUUGCUAUUUCAUAGCUUUAAUGUUGGCAACUUUGUUAAUUGAAUAACCAUGUGAAAUCAUUUUGGCUCACAGGAAGAAUAUAGGUUAUGGUUCUACUUUAGGUGAGAAAGGAAAAAGCUUUUGUGUAAUUGCCUGACACACUAUUCAAAGAUUGCCCUGAUUAUUAGGGUAUCAAGUAGUGGGAGCAAAUAUUUUGUUUUGCAAGGGUGCUCGAUCUCUGACAUUCUAGUUUUCCUAGCAGUGAAGUAUUUAUCAUUUGCAUGACUAAUGGCACAGAAAUAUCUAUUCUGAAGUCUUACAAUCAAGUAUAGAAAAGUUUUCAAUCAAAAUGUCUAAGUUUUAUAUGUUGGAGCGAUUGUCUUGAGCUGGACCUUUAUAGAUAAAAUUUGGUCAUCAAAAUGCAGUAUCACUGAGCCUGUGGUCUAAAUACCAUCAUGCUUUUAUUAGUUUCUCAGUCUUGUGCAGUAACAGUGUAGUUCCUUGUGUGUAAAUGAGUGAAAACGGGUGCAUGUGUUCGGGGUGUGUGUGUGUAUGUAUCCCUUAGAAAUGCUGUAAUUGGAGUUUGGUUCUGACAGAUUUACCUCCAUCAGCAGAACUGCUUUAAAAAUGCUCUUAAUCUUUGAAAUGAGAAACUCAAGUAUAAAACAGCUUCACAAAGUUUCUUAUAUAAUAUAAUAACAUUAUUAAUCUUCUUCAGUGGGUGACAGCUAACGGAAACAUUAGUGAUGGAAGAGAACUGGCCACCACUGCCCUUAGUCUUUGAAAAGUUUUUCAAGGAAACAAGGAUGUUAAGUCUGAUAAAUGUGAGGCCCUACUAUUCAGAUUUUUCUAAAUCCCUGUAAUGUAGGUUUUUCAGCUAAUUGCCACAAUCUUGGAUGUUGUUGCACCUUUUCCACCUAAUAUUAACCAUGUGUGUGCGCUUAAGUAAAAUUUGAGACUUGAAUCAAUGGUAUCUUCACUUCCUAAAAUACCUAAAUGGAGGAGGGGUCUAAUGAAACCAUACAAUCUAUUAAUAAAAUAGGCAGCUUGUCAAUUUGAGACCUACUUGCCUGAGUGCUCAAAAAAUCAAAUUUGGUAUCAAUUUACAGUUUGGAGUGCAUGUUGAGCAAUAUUGUAUAUGAGAUGCUAAGAUCUUAUAUAAGAAAUUGCUGCCUGACCAAUAAAGUGGUAUAAAUAAUAUGUAUGAAGGGCCUAAGUUGAAGUGUGUAACAUAAAACAGAUGGGCUUUUAAUUUAGGAAAAAUUGCACAAGUAAAAUUUUAAACAGAAAAUUGUAAUAAAAAAGAUACUUCCAAGACAUGUUUUUCCUUACCAUUUUACAUUUGUAAUGACUAAGCAACACACACAUCAACACACAACAUUCUGGGGAUAUGGCGGGGGAAAUGUAAAUGCUCUUCUCUUUAUUGUGUAAUUCUAAGGAGGUAGUUGUGCACUAUUUGUUUCCACUGAUAUGAAUAUAGUGGAGCUUGAAUCAAUGACAGUUGCAUUUGGCUAAGAUAUUUUUGAAAGCAUAAGGAUAGCAAGAGGGUAGUUAAAUGAGCCACAUUCAAGAUAGGUGGCCACCUGGAGAAAGUCAGUGGUCUUGGGUCACCUCUUACUUUGUACCCUGAUUAGACUACCAAUUAUAUAGUAUGUGAAAGUUUUUUAUAACAUGCCUUAAAAUAUUAUGGUUUGAUCCAAAGACCCAUGUUUUCUUUCGCUGUUCUUGUAGAGUUUUGUACUUUUCUACAAAGACAGCAUUUUUUAAAUUUUAUUGAUUGAUUUUUUUUUAAAUGUUGCAACUUUCAUUCUUUUCAGCUGUGAUAAUGGUAGUAACUGUUUUCUCCCACUUUUAAAAAGUAGGUAAAAUAAAUAAACCAGCAUCAGAUCAAAAGUAUUACACAUGGGGUUUUUUUAUUAGAGCAUCAAAAGCAGUUUUUGAUGACGUUCUGUUCUGUUCUGGCCAACAAGUAACUAGCCUCUCUAACCCCAGUGCUACAGUUGCCAUCACUUUUCUGUGGGAAAACUACUGGUAUUUGCUUUCGUGUAUAAAGAAUGUUGCCUAAAGAUGUCAGCCAUUUGGUUGGGGGUGGGUUGUGCAUGUUUGGUUUUCUUUUUACCAGUGUAGAAUCAAAAUACUGGUUAGGCUUUAAUGGUGAAACUCCGCAACAAAGCAAAUGUUUGACAACAGUAGGAGGCUUUUAUCUGCAUUGUUGUGCAUCAGGUCUCAAGAAUGAUUGCAGUGGGUCUUGGAACCAGGCUUAACGGUAUUGAUUUGGGGUUUCCCAGAGGUGAAUAAAUAUAUUUCACAGGUAAUUGUUGAGCUCUAGUACAACUGGCAACCUAUAGAUGGAGCAACAAUUUAUUGUUUUGUAACAAUGUCAGUUGUUAAACCUUGAUGUUUCAAAUAAAAACAAGAACUGUACAUAGAACUCAAUGCAAACUCAGCAGUUGUAUUUGGAGUUAAAUUAUUUUAACAAAUAAAUUUAUUUAAUGAAA